AUGCUGUCGCCGACGAACGAUCAGCUGUCGGAGCUGCAGAACCGGCAGCGCGAGAUCCAGAAGGAGAUCGUUCCGGUGACGCGGACGAUCGACUACGCGGAGCCGGAAGACCGGCUGAAGGAGCGCAUUUCGAUGCUGAUCAACAACCUGACGGAGAUGAAUCUGAGCGCGAAGGUGAACGAUCUGAGCGAUCUGCUGACCAACGACACGGAGAAGUGGUUCGUGGACUUUUUGGUGCGCUCGCGCGUGGAGCGGCAGGACAACUACCACGGGCUCUAUCUCUCGCUGGUGAACUACCUCGUGAAGACGAAGGGCCGGGAGCUGUUCAACCAAGUGAUCGACACCUCCAUCCAGGUGACGCAGGAGCUUCUGACCAGCGACAUCAAGGUCCUGAACGAGCAGCACCUCUUCUUGAAGAACAUGGGCGGGUGGCUCGGUCUGCUCACCAUCGGGCAGGACAUCUGCCUCAGCCAGCUGCACUUGAACCUCACCGACCUGCUGCUGAGCUCCUUCUACCACAAACGACUCUGGUACGUUUACGAGUUCGUGUGCUUCUUGCUCCGCGGAUGCAAGGAGAGUCAGGUGAUCAAGCUGCCGCAGCCCUGGCUGGUCGCUCUGCUCUCGCUGCUGAAGGAGAUCUACAUGGUCCCGGGCAUUAAGGAGCACUUCGCGCGGCUGUUCAAGAACUUUUUGGAGUACAUGAAGACUUCAACCCCAACGCGUCGCAGAGCGACGUCUAUAACUACUUUUUGA